CUGAAAUCCACAUUUUGGUUCUGUUCUGUCCUGCGACGAGGAAGACAUUGUAGGAGGUGGGAAAGGAGGGAUCUAAUCUAACAGAGGUGGGAAGAAGUUCGGAAAACAUGGCCGCGAUGGGUGGGGACCAAAGGCAGAUGAUGGAGGGUGCGGCGGAGGACAAGUUCCCGGACGUGUUACGAGUCCUUGCCGUGGACGACGACUGCGUCUGCCUCAAGGUGCUAGACAACCUCUUGCGCGGCUGCAAAUACCACCCAACGACUGUGACGGAUGCCAAGACGGCGCUGAAGAUUCUCAGGGCGGGGAAGGAGAAGUUUGAUGUGGUCAUCACCGACGUGCGCAUGCAGGACAUGGACAGCUUCAAGCUCCUCGAGCUCAUCCGCCUCGAGAUGGAUCUGCCCGUCAUCAGUACACUCACUCCUCAAUUCUAAGUCCUAGUUUUAUUUUUGUGCGUAUGAGCUGACAAUUCUCUUUGAGAACGUACUUCUAAUGCUGAAUCUUGGAUAUACAGUGAGAGGACAUUCAUUCCUUUGGGCAGCACGUGAGAUCCUAUAUAUUCAACACGAUUUUAGGAAACCAAAUACGCAUGCACGGCACACUCACCUUAUGUUUAACUUUGGGGAAAUCGAAAGAGUGGGAUCCCCUUUCAGCCUGAACCAACCGGAUCCCAUCUAACCGUUCAUCUGUCCGAUCGGAUGGCCCGUGGGCCGGGUAGUAGAGCGGAGGUGAAUCGACACAUUAGUUAAUUAAGAGUAGGCCGGAUGGCAGGAUCGCUAGUGGUAUCGGUUCCUUGCCUGAACCAAUGGGAUCCUGCCGAACCGCUCAUCCAUCGAUUGAUGGCUAGUGGGGGCAAGGGAAUGGAAGUGGUAACCUGUGAGUUAUGAGAGCCAAUGUAUUAUUGAUUUAAAUAAUUGUGUUAAUUGUUUUUAGUAUGCUAUAGACAUGGUGAUGUGUACCAUAUAUAAUUAUAAGUAGGCAACAAGCCCCUAUAGGAACCGGUUCUAUUUUCGAUGAAUUGAUGUUCCAAUUGCAUUAAAACAUGUCGUCUAGAUUCAGUAUAAAUUUGUUUUAGAACUUCAAUACAUAGUGCCUGAAGUCUAGAGUUCAAAUACCAUCCAUACAAUAUAUAUGGUAAUCUAGCUUAUUGUGAGUAUGUGCCACACCUAUGCAAUGUACACCGACUACUCGUAUGUGUUCGGUGUGGGUGCAUUGAUGGACUCAAUUUAAUUUAACUAUUGUAAAAAUCUAGUCAUAAGAACCAAAACUAUAAUAUAUUUAUAUUUUCUGAUAUGACCAAAUUAUAUUUAGUUGUUUUCUAAACUAAUAUCAAAUGUCUAGUCCUUGCAAUCACACAAAGUAUAGAAUUGCAGCACCUGUUUGCUAGGGUGGCAUGAGUAAUACAAUUAGGAAACUACGUAUGUUGUAUUUAUGUUAUUAAAGGAUUACCCAUCUAUAAUCUGCUUGAGAUUGUUUGUUAAAAGUACUUACUCCUGAGAAUACCAUAUAAAGGAGUGCCACUUUUAAGCAGAUACAUUGAGUAGGUUAACCAUGUAUAAUAUCUACGAUCCUACAGCUUUUUUGACUUUGAACUAGCACACUAAUUUAACAUAGAAAGCAACAUGGGCUCGGUUGGAAUGAUGUUAAAUGGCAGGUCUGCACAUGGUACAGUAAGAACUUCAGUGGCAGAGACUGAUAUGGUUAACUACGGAAGAACUAGUUCUGCACUUUCCAACCAUCAAACAGAUGGUUUCGUCCCAUUGACCCAGAUGCAUGAUGUCGGUGAUGCAUCUGGCAUUCUCAUGUGCAAGAUGGAACAAUGGAUCAGCAAGCGCUUGGUGGUCAACUGAAUGGCAUCAAUGCCUUGUCAUCGGUUGGUAUUUCCAACCUUCUCAAUGAAGAUUUCAUUGGAGAGGAGGCUGUCAUGGAUGGAUAAUGACACUUAUGUUGGUUAACCCAACCUACACGCGAGAUUUUUUCGCAUGCACGUUGGGAACUUUUAAUUGGCCAUUCCCUUGUUCUUGCACACUGUACCUUGAAACUAUCUGAAUUAUUGUAGUCUAGUUAGAAGUACAGUCGUGUCGGGGCUUCUAUUUUACUCUGGCUUUUUGUUAAGUCUGUUGUCUUUUGAGAUCAAAACGACGUUCUGUUAUGCUAUUUCUGAUGGAACCAUUAUUGUUCUAUGUAUUAUCAAUGUGAUGU